AGUUGCAGAACACGUCUUUCUCAGUGAAUUGAUCAGUGAUUCAAGUUAACGUUUCUGCUAUACAGGUUCUGCAAUAAAAUCCUGCAGGCCAUCCAAAGAUGAAUUCAUGGGACAUAUAUCUCCACACAAUGAGCCCCGGGCCUGGUCAUAUUUCAAGCACAUAACGUAGUUGCUUCGAAGCCUUGCUAUUGUUCGCCUCUAUGAUAUUCCCAGAGUAACGUUAUGAUGCUUCUACUACUCACCACCAUAUAAAAUGGCCCAGGUACUAGUAGGAAGUAUGUCAUCGAGAAGAUGAUUCCCUCUAGAUCGCUUUCAUCUCUUCUUACCUUACCGGCGCUUGCCUUCUUCUCUCUGUCAGCGAGCGCUUUUCCUCAUCCUCGGACAGCGUCAAGUACGGCUACUCUCAGGCUCGCCGUUAGAAUAAACUCGUACGGGACCAAGAACAUCGCAACUGCAGAUAGAGCUCGAAUCCAAGCCCUACAAGCCGGCGGCAGCUCCUCCAUCAGUGCAACCAAUGAUGUGAUGAUAUACACCGCUGACAUCGGCGUGGGGAGUCCAGCAACGUACUACACAGUCCUAGUAGACACAGGAAGCUCAAAUACCUGGAUCGGGUCUAACAAAGCUUAUGAGAAGACUUCUACAAGCCAGGACACAGGCAAUACAUUCAGUGUCCAAUAUGGCGAUAAUAGCUACACUUCUGGAGAGGAAUAUACGGACACCGUAACGCUCAACUCUGACCUGGUUAUUGAUAAGCAAUCUAUUGGUGUCGCAUCUAAAUCCUCAGGGAUGGGUAGCCUGGAUGGACUUCUUGGCCUUGGACCAGUUGAUUUAACUGACAACACUGUCAGUAAUACAGACAAAGCUGCAACUGUGACGGACAACCUCUAUAAGCAGGGAACAAUUAGUUCGGAAGUACUCGGAGUGUUCUUCACACCUGCUUCCUCUGAUAAUAGCAGUGGCGAGCUCACAUUCGGCGGUUAUGACACCUCCAAGAUUACUGGAGACGUCAGCUACGUGCCGAUCACAUCGCAAUCUCCAGCGAGUGGAUACUGGGGCAUUGAUCAAUCCAUCAGAUAUGGGUCUAUGCCCAUUUUGGAUGAGACCGCUGGUAUCGUCGACACCGGAACCACCCUGAUUCUGAUUGCCUCUGAUGCCUUCGAUAAAUAUCAGUCUGCCACGGGGGCGACCUUCGAUGAGACCGUUGGCUUGUUACAAAUCUCAUCCGACCAGUACGAAAAGCUUUCAUCCUUGUAUUUCACUAUUGGUGGGGUUACUUAUGAGCUCACCCCGAAUGCGCAAAUCUGGCCUCGGUCGUUGAACACCGCUGUUGGCGGUGCCACUGACGGCAUAUACCUGGUCGUCAGUAACACUGGGAGCCCCAGCGGUUCUGGCUUGGAUUUCACGAACGGUUAUUGUUUUCUCGAGCGGUUUUACUCGGUGUUUGACACGACAAACUCCAAAGUUGGGUUCGCUACCACUGCAUAUACCUAUGCCACAACAAAUUAAGUUUCUCUUCUCGAAAAACCACCGUUCUAUUCGUAGCAGCAUAUUUAUACCUUACUUGUUGAAUGUGCAUUGCAUGAAUGAGAUAUCGUGUCCAGACGGACAAUCGAGUA